UUGACCCCUGUUGUCUUGAGAGGCACAGUGCAGCUGGGGAAUCAAGCAGAGCUGAUGGAGCCAAACCCUGCCAACAUCAUGUCAGGGAACAAAAACCAUGAGAGCUCCAAUCAGACUCAAGCCCAUCUUGUAACAACUGAGCUGCAGUUCCCUGUGAGCUAUGUGGACCGCCUCCUGCAGGAAGAUCAGCGCACCCACUGCCUAAGUUCAACAUCUACUGAAUUCCUCCUUGCCAUGCUCGACUCCCUCACCGACUACAUCCUGGAGCGUGUAGGCACUGAGGCCAAUAACAACAACAUGCAGACUGCCCCACAAGAUGUGGAGAGAGCAGUGGGCAGCAACAGAGAGCCCCAACAAUGCCUGAAGGAUACAGCCUUCACUCUGUUUGAUGAGAUGCCUAGAUCCAGGAGAAAUGGCUAAAGCCUGGGUCCUAGACUUGUGGGAGUCCUCACAGCCUUAGUCUAAGCCAAGACUUCUUAUAACUGAGAAGUCUGGCUUCUGUCAUCAGUUAAUGCUAUUAAAGUGUUGAAGCUCAGGGCUAUGCCUCUGA